AUGGCCUCACAGGACAAGCAUAUGCCGUUCAUAAAGAACCUGGCAUCAAGUGAUCGCAAAACCCGCACCGCCGCCCUCGACUCUCUCCGCACCUUUCUCUCCGCAAAGCACAUUUCCUCUUCUCUCUCGACCCUCGACAUCCUCAAACUCUGGAAAGGGCUCUUCUACGCCCUAUGGAUGUGUGAUCGGCCUCUCCCGCAGCAGGCUCUCUGCCAAGACCUCGCCGAUCUCGUUUGGAUACUGCCCGAGACAGCCGUCAUCCCGUGGUUGAGGGGUUUCUGGGCAACGAUGGCGCGCGAGUGGACCACUGGAAUCGACGUGCUACGCAUGGAGAAGUUCCUUCUCCUGGUAAGAAGGACUCUGGCCAGCAGCUUGGUCUGGAUGCAGCUGCGAGAGCCGGCCAGGAAGACAGCGCGUACGAGGAAGAGGGCAGCCGACGGGUCAGUCGCGAGCCCGAUUGUCAGGUUUGACGACAACAAAGUGGAGCAGAUGCUGGGGCUGUUGGCCGACUGGCCAUUCCGGCCCGACGAGGAGAGCAGGGAAGAGGAGGAAGAGGACGCUCUGAUGCCCAAGAUUGUCCCUGUUGGGCUGAAGUUGCAUGCACUGGACAUAUGGGUCGACGAGGCCGAAAAGGCCCGCAUCCUGGAGGACAGUCUAGAGCCCGAGGCGGGGGACCGCGCGAAGGCAACAGAGAAAGGAGAGCCGAAUGCCCGUUCAGGGGAAGAGGUACUCCAACGCCUCAGCGACCUCGUCGAGGCGCUGCACUCUACAACACUCAGCCCGGCCGUGCGGAAGCGCUCCAAGGAGUCCUUGCUCGACGAGCGCCUGCCACGGAAUCGGCAGCAGGACAACCACGAGAAGUCGGGUGGGGGACAUGGCGGUGAUGAUGAUGAUGCUGAUGAUGAGUGGGUCGGUUUGGAUUGA